UACGUAAGGUUCAUUUCAUUUACCCGUAAUUUGCCUGCCAUUUUGUGAAAUUGUGGAAAGAAAACAUAAAAGUUAAAUGUGCUAUUUGUCUUUUUGCCUCCUGAACUGGUGAAAACCGACUCAAUGAAGAGGCCACCAGGAUGCCCAAAGAUAAAUAUGAUAAAGAUAAGUACGACAACCAUAGUCACCACAACGGAAUCAACACUCACAAGGGCCACAAUGGGAUAUCAAGAGAAAGGAGUCAUCGUAUCAUGACACAGGACGAGGUGAUCGGGGGCAAGAAGUCACAUUGGGAGGGUCUAGAACUUACAGGUACUAUACGCAAUAUCAGUCCGCAGCUUUGGAAAUUAAAUCAUUUAACCGUGCUGUAUAUGACUGACAAUCAACUGACCCGAGUGCCUGCUGAUAUCUGUCAGCUUACUCAUCUUGUCAAAUUAGACCUGUCGUAUAACAAGCUGAGGAGCCUACCGGUAGAGAUAGGGGACCUGAUAUCUCUCAGGGAAUUAAUGCUGAACAACAACCAGCUGCGGUUGUUACCCUAUGAGCUAGGGCGGCUCAUCAUCACCCUCCAGGUGCUAGGUCUGAAGGGAAAUCCCCUUGCCUCAGAAGUCAUGGGUAUCUACAAUGAACCCAAAGGAACCCACAAGCUUCUCUCCUACAUGUUGGACCACAUACAUCCCCCAGGCACAUUGCCCCCAGCAAGGCCUUGGAUACAUGUAGCACAUCCAAACAGAAAUAAACCUUCAGCCAUAUUCUCUGUGAUGAGCUACAACGUUCUAUGUGACAAGUACGCAACCAAGCAGAUCUAUGCCUACUGCCCUACGUGGGCGCUGGAGUGGGAGUAUAGAAGAAAAGGGAUCAUGGACGAGAUCCUUGGUGCAAGUUCAGACAUCAUAUGCCUCCAGGAAGUCGAAACGGAACAGUAUUACAAUUUCUUCAGCCCAACCCUCAAGCAGCACGGCUACGACAGUGUCUUCAGCCCGAAGUCCAGGGCUAAGACCAUGUCAGAGGAGGACAGAAAAUACGUUGAUGGCUGUGCCAUAUUCUUUAGGACCAGCAAAUUUGCGUUAGUCAAAGAACACCUUGUUGAAUUCAACCAGCUAGCGAUGGCAAACGCUGAAGGGUCAGAGGACAUGCUUAACAGGGUGAUGACGAAAGACAAUAUUGGGUUGGCAGCGCUUCUAGAAACGAGAGAGGGAUGCUAUGAAGGUUCAGCGUUCCAACAGGAAGUCUCCAAUGCCAGGCAGCAGCUCCUGGUAGCAAAUGUCCACAUCCACUGGGACCCCGAGUUCAGCGACGUCAAACUGAUCCAGACCAUGAUGCUCAUGAACGAGCUCAAGAAGAUCAUCGAGGAGGAGUCGGUUAGCUUCAGACCGGGAGGAGGGGGCGGAGCCGGUGGGAGCGGAGGGGGAAGCGGAGGAGGCGGCGGCGGUGGUAGCAGCCAGAGUACUUCAGGGACCAUUCCAUUAGUGAUGUGCGGGGAUCUCAACUCCUUGCCCGACUCUGGUGUUGUUGAGUACCUUGAGAUGGGAAAAAUCUCCGUCCGCCAUCCUGACUUCAAAGACCUCAACUACAAGGUCCUCCGCAACUUCUCCUCCAACUCGGAGACCAACGGGCACAUUUCGCAUUCGUUCCAGCUGAAGCGGGUCUACCAGAACAACCCCAUGCGCUUCACCAAUUACACCUUUGAUUUCAAGGGCAUCAUUGAUUAUAUCUUCUUCUCGAGGCAGGCCAUGUCUGUCCUGGGCCUCCUGGGUCCAAUGGACUUUGAAUGGAUCGACACGAGCAAGGUCCACGGCUGCCCCAACGCCAGCAUACCCUCAGACCACUUCUCGCUCCUCACCGAAUUCGAGAUGCCACUCCCCUCAGCGCCGUCGUCGCCCCCAUCGUCGACGCUCUACCAUCCAACGCCGAACUACCCCCUCGCGAGGCGGUAGCGAGCGGAGCUUGGGGUCUCAGGGUGGUGUUCGUUCUUGGAACUCGAGAAUUUUUAAGAAAACUAUUGAAACUAAUAAAGCAGGUUCUGUGUGUUUUUGUAUCUAAUUUGUAAAUUAUAGAAGAGUAUUAAAAACAUCUUAUGAAGUUAAAGUGCUUUGAACUUUGGAAAAGGAGGGAGCCAACACUCUGUAGAUUGUCCUGUAGUAUAGUGUUGGCUCUUGUUUUUUGUGUGGAUAUAAUCUUGUUCAAUUCACGACAUACCUCAUGCCUCGUUUUUCUGGUGAAAUUGUUUGAUGUGUUGUUAACAGAUCACUUUCUUUUUUUUUGUACAUAAAGCGGUCCAUGUGUUGCAGUCUCUUGUGAGUAGAGGUUAUUAUAGUCGGUUCAGUCGAAGGAGUUUAUUUUCCAGUGAUAUGUUAGAGUUGCUGUUCAUCUUGAAGUAGUGUCCUUUUGUGCCGUUCCGACAAACGAAAUAGGGUUAAGUUCGACAGCACUUUAUCUUCAUGUUUUUGAAGUAUGCAAAUACACACAACCUGUGUUAAUCAGACCGAGGCUUGAAGCUACAGGUAUCCCGGACCCGUUUGGUCGAGAGGGAGCGUGUAGGUUUAAUUCUCACUUGGCAAUGUUUUUGUGGUAAUUUGAAUUUUUAUGUAAUUCGUACUUUGUACAGUGUGUAUAAUUGAUGCUAUUUUGCCAGAGAGAAAUACCAUUUCUUGGAUCACAUUUUAUUCCAUUGCUGUAGAAAUCUUUAUUACCUCUGUCUAGUAGUGCGGUUCAAAAUAUGCUAUAUGCCAGGUGUAGGGGUAUUCUCCCACAAAUUUUCAAAUUUUUAAAAGAUACAAGUAACAUUGGCAAUAAAUAAAUAGUAGAAAUUCAAAAUAAUGAACUAAAUUUCUCUUCCCUUGCUUGGGAGUGUAAUCAAUUAUGCAAUCCGUCACUUAACAUGCAGUUUAUUCAUACCACAUUAAUUUAUUGAUUUUUAUAUAAGAAUAUUUUGUGCUAUGCAUAAUUUGACACAAAUUUCUUGUUAAAAAAAUGAAUGUAAAGAUAAUAAAGCAAACUUCGGUUGUGAUAAAGUGCAUUUCCCCUUGAACUACAUGACAUUUUGACCUUUAAUAUGGGACUUUAACGUCAGGCGAUCUAUGUCCCGCCUUCUCUCCCUAUAUCUUGUAACAAUCAGAAAGACUACCAGAAAUUAGAAUAUUUUCAAUAUUACAAAACAAACUGGAGACCAUGUUUUGUACCAGCCCCAAUCAUUUGCAACCCUCUACCUCAAAAUCCAGUUGGCCAAAUUGAAUUUUGAGAUUUUUGCUUAAUUCAAAAGCAGAUCCUAAGCUUUGGAAAGAUAAAUAGCUUGACAUAAUUGAUUCACAAUAACCUAUACAGUUACUUGAUUUGAUUUAAUUUAAUUUCAGUGAGAGAUUUAUAGAGAAAAAUAAGUUUUAAGUUUGUGGUUCACUCAAGCAUGCCACGUGAUUACUGUGUAAGCUGAAUUAAUCUUCCAGCAGCCUAGUAAAAUGGUGUGAAACAAACCUAUGUUUCACAUUUUUGGUUUAACUUAACAUCUUCAAAUUUGACAGAAAGAAAAAGAAGAGUGUACCUUUAAACUCCUUGAGAUAACCCAAUUUUCUAGAUUUUCAGUUUUAGAGACCAAUUUACCAUUAGCUACCUAUUGUUGGUUUUGAGGUGGAGGGCCACACAUGAUCUCAAUGAUCCCCUCCCCCUAUGUGAACUCCAUGAAACUUGGGAAAGUUUACCCAAAUUAUGGCUCAUAUCAAGCUUUUUGGGUCAAUCCUGCUUGUAGUAUUUAUCCUAGCCAUCAAAUCGUAAAUCAAAUUUGUGUGAUAGAUAAUUAGUAUUUGCAUAGCAAGCAGAUUUCACUGCGGGUAUAAACUCAGAAGGGUCAUGAAUGAAAUCUUAACAAAGUUCAUGGGAUGGCAAAUCUUCUUCCCUUUAAAGCACCUCCUAAAACAAAUAUCUUUGGUUUAUUGCAACUUUCUCAAAACAUCUCAAAGAAAUAGGUUUAGAAAAGUUCAUUAAUACCUUUUAAAAAAGCUGUGCUGGCAUCAUACGAGGCAUGUGUACAAUCUUGGCCCAGUCUUACAAAGAGUUGCGAUUGAUUUGAUCAAUCACAACUAUGGACGGCCAGCAACGUCAACAUCUGUUAUGCAUGUUUGGUCCAAAUAUUUUCUACUAUGAUGAAUAUUCAUGCAUUAAACUUUUUCUUGAAAAAAAUCACUGUGUUUCUCUUUGUUUACAAAGGACACAUUGUGCAAAUUUCCUGUUGAAAAAUUAUGACACUGAUGGAUUUCCAUAGAGUUAAGAUGGAUUGGAUCAAUCGUAACUCUUUGUAAGACGGGGCCCAGGCAUCAUAUCUUAUAUUGCAGUUUUUUAACGAGGAUGGUGGGGAUGAGUAUAUGUUUUGAAAAUAUCAGAUGAUUUCUAUUGUAAAUCUGUAUCAUAAACUAGGAAUUCAUGCAAUCCUAGGUCUUUUUGAGAAUAAAUUGUACAUUUGGAGAUGAAAUUAUUCUGGCAAGAAAUUCUCAAGAAAAAUCGGUUUAUACUCUUUCUGGUGCGUGUUUCACUCGUUGACAUGUCGACCACCUUUAUUUUUUUUCCUUUUCAUUUUGUACGCUGUUUGUUACUGUAAUGUGUAGUGUACAGUUUCAUUAUUUCUUUUUAUUUUAAAGAUCUCUUUGUUUUUGCACUGUAGUAGGCUCUUGUGCUAAGGCACAGAUUUUUUUAUGGGGAAAAGACUUGAAGUUAUGAAAAAAGCUUGAUCCAGUUUGAUGCUUUAGGGGUGGAAGGAUAUUAUGACUUGAAUCAGUCUUUUUUUUUCUAUUUAUUUUUGUGUGUUUUGUAAGUGAAGUCCAAAUCAACCAUCCCACUUUUGCUGGCCAUUCUCCAAUCUUUCAUGAAUAUGUUAAUUUAAUGAAUAUGCAUGUGAUUUGAUUUGGACCAAUGAGAAAAGAGGACCAGAGCUUGAUUGUAAAUAUGCACUAAUUUAAAGCGAUGGUGCUGUCAACUUUUCUUAUAGGGGGACUUUCAAAUGCCAUUCCAGAGGGACCCAGUGUGCUCAUUCAGUACAAGACUUUUUAGCCAAACUAUUGUCAAAUUGUACAUAGAAUUUAAAAGAAAGAAUAAGUAUGAACAGAGGUCAUAGGGAACUGGGGUUACCCCAGCGCCUUGUUGCCUUGAAUCUAUUCAGAGCUAUCAUUGUGUGUCUGUUGAAUUUAGUGUCAUAAUCUGUGUAUAGUAUGUUAUAUUGUUUGUGUGUUGAAUAUUUUUAUACGCCUAUUCGUCCCUCUGGAAGUCAUGCCUUGGGUUCUCACCCGAGGCGAAAUGGAGUUGGCCGAGGCUGUGCCUGCUUUCUCUUUUUCGCCUCGCUAAGAACCGGGGUAAUUAAAGUCCAUCAAGUCAAGCCUUUUUUAAAUGAGCGCUGAAUUCAGGUACAUUUAUUGUUCAGUCAUAGAUUUCAAAUAAUCAAAUAAAAUCAAGGACAAACUGCACUUUCGGCAGUAAUUUUGCAAGAAGAUUUUUAAAGUUUGCUUUUAAAUGCCUGUUAGAUGACUAUAAUAUUGAGCCAAACUAUAGUGCAUCAGGUUGGCAAUUUAUUUCAUAAUAUAUCAGAGAGUUUGUGUGAGUGGGAACAGCUUUUAUUAAUUAAGUGCAAUUUCUGGAAAACUAUUCACCCACUCCAGGUUCGAUAAUGGAAUGUGUAAUAACUUCUUUUAACUUUAUACACUAUGCACCUUUUUUGCCAGUCCGAGAAGGUUUUUAAUUCAAAUUUUGUCUUGCUUUUACCAAAAAAAUUGAGGGUGUAUCUAAUUUCGAUAGGAAAUUAAUGCUGAUGCGUAUAUUUUGUUUAUAUUAUCUAAGAGGCAUUUACUGGUCACUUUUAGGUCUAGAUCUCCCAAAUUGUGAUUAAUUGGCGGGAUCUAUCGAAUGAAUGAAAAAAAAUUGCCACGUUUAAUGGUUCACCGUGUGACUUUGAAAAUUAUUUAAGAAAAAAUACUGAAAUAAAGAUAUUUUUGAAAGAUGGCUCGUGGAUAUCAGCAAACAUGGGCUCAAUGAUGAGGGUUUCACUUACAAUGUAGAAAUUAAUCUUUGUUUUUUUUUUAUUGUAGAUGAUUGUUGUUCAUUAUUAAUAUUAUUAGCUUUAAAUGAAGAGAGAGCUUUCGAUCUGGAGGGAGAGGUAUUUUCUGUGUUAGGAAACGAAGAGAUGGUGUUGUGUAUGUGCCCCCUACCCCCAUCCCUUCUUUCUCACCCCACCCUCCCCUCUUUGAUGUUGUUUUUUAUACUACCAUGCACAUUUAUUUGAUUUCCCACUCGGUGUUAUUUUGGUAGUGUACCCGUAGACUGGCUGUGUUUACACUGCAUUGUACGUCGCCGAGAUGCAAUUUGUCCCUGGUGUAAGACCAAUAUCGUAUGCCAAUUGUGAGUAGAAUGGGAACACUUUGUAGAAGUCUUUAUGUUACGUCACUAUAGAGCAUCAUAAACUUUUAUUUAUUAUAAAAGCAGGUAAUAUUUUGUCAGACAUGAAACCACAUUUGUAAUUUUCCACUUAUAAUUGAAUGGCUUGGACAGGAAUAAGUUUCUUCUCUGAAUUCCCUGAACAUGACAAUUGUCAGCCCUGCCAUGGAUGAUCUAAUAUUUUAUCAUCUUCAACAACAUGCCAUAAUGGGAGAAUGAUCCCUCCAUGAUUAAAAAUGAUCCUUCCAUGAUUAAAAAUGGUGAUGAUUUUACCCGCUUGGCAGGGAAGUAUGUCAGAAAUAUUUGGUGAAUUUGAUCAUGAAAAGUAUUAAUAUUUAAAGCUGUCCAAGUUUGCAUGCAGACAGUGGCGGACCGUGAUCCGGAGGAGACAAAGCAUUGGAGGGGCACAGCAUUGUUCACAAA